CUGCCAGAGCGCUAAAACGGCCGAGAAGGAGGUCUGUGCUGCGGUGAGGGCAGCGCACACACCUACUGCAUGAAGCCCGGCCCCAAGGACGUCUGGCAGCUCCUGCUAAGCAGCCUCGCAGGCAGCCUUCUCCCUGAAGGGCCUCCUCCAGAGCGACCGCCACCACCCCGACCCCUCCCAAAGGGACCCUUUCAGCCCGACCCCGCCGUCACCGGUGCCCGCAGCCGGCUCAGAAUCCCUUGGGCUGCACCGCCCAGUUCAGCUACUCCAACGGGGACUCCCCAAGCCCGAAAGCGCCGGGAAUGGUGCAGAGGCGAAGCGGGAUGAGAGCAAAGGAACUCGCUAAGGCCUCUCUGGGAGCCACUACGGCCGUGUCCUACCUUCCCAGAGACGGAGAACGCCGCAGCCGGGGCCGCGCACCGGCUUCCCAAGCAGGGAGACUCCCCUGGCCCCUAAACAUGAUGAACGCUUUUCCCCUCCCAUUCCUUGCCGGCGCGGCUCGCCCUCCCCUGCCCGUCGGCACCCCGCCGCGCUCCGCCAGCUCCCCGCGCCCCUCUGCCCUGCGCCGCGGCUCCCGCCAGCGGCGGAGAGAGGCAGCCCCCAGCGCGGCCCUGCUCCGCCUCUGCUUUCGGUUUCCGGGAGGGGCCCGCGGGAGCAGCCCGCGGAACAGCUCCGAGACCGGCGAGCAGGACCGGGCGGCGGAGGAGGCUCUCUCCUGCGUCCCUAGCCAGCGGCCGCCGCCAUGGUGCCCAACCAGCUGAGACUCUCCGCGGCCGCACAUGGCCGUGGAGGCUAUGAUUCUGAUUUUAGUGAUGAAGAGAAUGAAGAGAAGACUGUGCAGAAGACUAAAAGUAAAAAGGAAGAUGACCUUCUGAUAAAGCCAUUCCAAAAGGCAAAGCAAGGCACUCUGGUUCACAGACAGUUUGCAGCUGAAGAAUGGGAUAGGGAAGAAGCAAGGAAAAGAAGAUUUCAUCUGAUAGCAAUGGAUGCCUAUCAAAGACAUAAAAAGUUUGUGAGUGACUACAUUUUAUACUAUGGGGGCAAAAUUGAGGAUUUCCGACGUUCUGGAGCAAAUGACAAGACGGAUCUCGACGUCAUUAGAGAAAACCAUAGAUUCCUGUGGAACGAAGAUGAUGAAGCAGACAUGAAUUGGGAGAAGAGGCUUGCAAAGAAGUAUUAUGAGAAAUUGUUCAAGGAAUACUGUAUAGCAGAUCUCAGUAGAUACAAAGAGAAUAAGUUUGGAUUUAGGUGGCGACACGAGAAAGAAGUAAUUUCAGGAAAAGGUCAGUUUUCAUGUGGAAAUAAGCAUUGUGAUGAGAAAGAAGGCCUGAAGAGCUGGGAGGUGAAUUUUGGCUACAUGGAACAUGGUGAAAAGAGGAAUGCGCUUGUGAAAUUGAGACUAUGUCCAGAAUGUUCCUACAAACUAAACUUCCAUCACCGGAGGAAAGAAGUCAAAGCACACAAGAAAAAAGGCACAGCUGUACCAACCUCUAAAGAGCCAAAAAUUAAGAAGACAAAAUUGUCUUGUUCAGCAAAAAAUAAGUCAAAAAAAAAGAUUCAUAAAGAUCAGACUUCUUCAGAAGAUUCAGAUAAUUCUGAUAAAGAUUCAGAUAACAGCGAUGCACAAGAUGGUCCUUCAGAUGCUGACUUUUGGAAAGGUCCUCUACAAGAACCAAAUGAAAAGUCACGGGAGGAAGAGUUUGAUGAGUAUUUUCAAGACUUGUUUCUCUGAAACUUUAAACCUAUGUAUGCUGAUCUUCAUGGAUUAUGAAGUUAAAAGUCUGGAAAUUCAGUCAUAAUUAAGGAGAACUGUUUUUGUUUAGCAUACUUUCUCUACAGUCACUCAUUUGGACCAUCUCAGUAAAUUGUCUUUGUAGAAGACUUCAGGUCUAAAAACUUUGUGUUUUUUUCCCUUUCAGUUCAGUGCAAAAACAUAAAUAGCACUCAGAAGAUGUAAACAAACAAUAUAGUUUAUUGACAUUACAUUAAGGUAGUUGGCUGCCUUUUGUUUUAUCUCAGACUUCAGUUACUGUCAGAUUUUUGUAAAGAGGCAUGUUGGAAGAUUCUGUUCUUAGCUUAAAGCCAUACAUUUUAAUAUAUUCGUAUUUCUAACUUAUUAAACAAGAGUGAAUACCCUUAACUUGAUUGGUCUUGUAGACUUUACUAUGCAGGUAUUUGUCUUUGUAAGUAUUUUCAGAUGUUAAUGGAUAAGUUCAGGGUUUGUUUUUUGGCUUUUUGCUUGAAUUAAGUGACCUCUAUCCAAAAUGUCUGCCCUACUUUUUAGAAGACUUUAGUUCAUUGUGAGUUACUUUGGUUUAAAUUUUAAUUAUAAUGUGAUGUGACUUAAAAAAAUCUUGUUAAUUGAUGAAAUUUUUGGUGUUAAAAAAAUCCAACAUGCAGCUUUCUGUACAUGUGGCUUGUAGAUUAAUUGUGGUUUCUGAUCUCCUUAAGAUUGAUUGAACGUUAAUCCUUCUUUAAGGUGUAAUCCUAAAUAUAUAAGUAAAGAAUGAAUAUCACCUGAAAAA